AUGAGUGUAGCUGGUUUUGCCUUAAUACCAUUUACUUUUGGUGGCUCACUUCUUUUAACAGGAAUAGGAGCUGGCAUUGCUGUUGCUGGUGGAGUCACUGCCAUUGGUGCAACAAUUGCAGAUCUAGUCAUCAACAAGAAAGAGCUUCGUGAAGCAAAUGAUCUUUUGACACUAGAUCGACAACUUUGUCAAGUUAUGAAUAGCUUGAGGGAAAAUAUUAGAAAUAUAGCUGAAAGGAUAGCAAGUGAGGACCCACGUGUUAACGUAGAGCAGGUUAUUGUGGGUAUUUUGAGAGGUGGACAGAAUGCUGUACGAGUGGGUAUGGCUGGCAUCAAAGCUGGGAUAACUGUGGCUCAGCUGGCUGAAAUGGGUGGAAUAGCUGCCUUAGAGGGCUCUGUAUUUGCACUUCGACUUACAAGUGUAGCUGCUAGAGGUAUUGCUGUUGUUGGUGGUUUGGUGUCAGCAUUAAUAAUACCAUUGGAUAUUUAUGAGAUUGUGUCUAAUUCUAUUAAACUAAGUAAACAAGUCCAACUGCUGCUUCAAAAUGGCUACAGGAACAAAUAG